UAGAAUUAGUUUUACCGCGUUGAGGUUGAGCGUUAUCUUCUUGUUCCAUUCCCGUCCACUCCCACCAAGCUCUUCCACGCUUAAACCAGUCCAGUCCUCCUCCGCCUUACUGCUCUUUCGAAAAUGCAAACGCAAAUGCAGAUGCAAAUGCUUCUUCCCUCUUCUUUCCACCAUCGAAACACUUUCUUCUCCUUUCAUAGACGGCCGUAUCUUUGGAUCACUACCACUACCACUGCAACCUCUUAUCGUCUUCGAGUCUCGAAUGGUGUCAGCAACAGCAGUAUCAGUAGCCAAAGCACACUCAAGGAGGAGUACAAUAAAGAAGAGCAGCAGAAGCUUCAGCAACCGAGAACUAGGGCUUACCCAUUUCACGAAAUUGAGCCGCGUUGGCAGCGCUACUGGGAGGAGAAUCGUACUUUCAGGACCCCAGACGAAGUCGAUACCUCAAAACCCAAGUUCUACAUACUCGAUAUGUUCCCCUAUCCCAGUGGAGCUGGGUUACAUGUCGGUCAUCCUCUUGGAUAUACUGCCACUGACAUUCUUGCCAGAUACAAGCGCAUGAAAGGUUUUAACGUUUUGCAUCCAAUGGGAUGGGAUGCAUUUGGAUUGCCGGCAGAGCAGUAUGCAAUUGAGACGGGAACCCAUCCAAAGAUUACAACAGCGAGAAAUAUCGAACGCUUCCGCUCACAGCUUAAGUCACUGGGUUUCUCAUAUGAUUGGGACCGUGAAAUUUCUACCACUGAACCAGAAUAUUAUAAAUGGACGCAAUGGAUAUUUCUUCAGCUUUUCAAGAAAGGAUUGGCAUAUCAGGCUGAGGUACCAGUGAACUGGUGUCCAGCUCUUGGCACUGUUUUGGCAAAUGAAGAGGUAGUGGAUGGUGUUAGUGAGCGAGGUGGUUAUCCAGUCAUAAGAAAGCCAAUGCGCCAAUGGAUUCUCAAGAUUACUGCAUAUGCUGAUCGCCUUCUUGAAGAUUUGGAUGAUCUUGAUUGGCCUGAAAGCAUAAAGGAAAUGCAGCGGAACUGGAUAGGCAGGUCAGAAGGGGCGGAGAUGGAAUUCUCUGUACUUGAUCAAGAUGGACAUGAACGGGACAUAAAGCUUACCGUGUAUACAACAAGACCAGACACCAUCUUUGGAGCAACAUAUCUAGUCGUGGCACCUGAACAUCACCUGUUGUCAUCAUUGGUAUCUAAUGCCCAAAGAGAAUGUGUGGAAGAAUACAGAGAGAUAGCAUCAAGAAAGAGUGAUCUUGAAAGGACAGAGCUUCAGAAGGAGAAAACUGGUGUCUUCAGUGGUUCAUAUGCCAGAAAUCCAGCAAAUGGGGAAGCAAUUCCCAUAUGGGUGGCAGAUUAUGUUUUGGGGAGUUAUGGUACUGGGGCAAUAAUGGCUGUACCUGCACAUGAUUCUCGUGACUAUGAGUUUGCUUUGAAAUAUGAUAUUCCAGUUUCCUGGGUUGUGAACCCAGAGGAUAAAUGCUACAAUGAUUCUGAAGGAUCAUAUUCAGGAGAAGGUAUCAUUAUAAACUCAUCAAAUUUGGCAUCUGGGCUUAAUAUCAAUGGUUUGCGUAGCAAAGAAGCUGCUUCCAAAGUCAUAGAUUGGGCUGAGAGUACUGGGCAUGGGAUAAGAAAGGUAAACUACAAGCUGCGAGACUGGCUUUUUGCUCGGCAACGUUACUGGGGAGAGCCUUUCCCAGUUAUCUUCUUAGAUGAUACUGGUGAAAUUGUCCCACUUCUUGAAAGUGAUCUGCCUCUUACACUGCCUGAAUUAGAUGAUUUCACUCCAACUGGAACAGGGGAGCCACCAUUGGCAAAAGCUGUAUCUUGGGUUAGAACCAUAGAUCCUAUAUCUGGAAAGUCUGCAACACGAGAAACAAGUACCAUGCCACAAUGGGCAGGUUCCUGCUGGUACUAUUUGAGAUUUAUGGAUCCAAAGAAUUCUGACGCAUUGGUUGAUAAGACAAAAGAAAAGUAUUGGAGCCCAGUUGAUGUUUAUGUUGGCGGUGCUGAACACUCUGUCCUUCACUUACUUUAUGCGAGGUUCUGGCACAAGGUGCUUUAUGACAUUGGUGUUGUUUCAACGAAAGAACCCUUCCAGUGCCUCAUAAAUCAGGGGCUAAUACUUGGGGAAGUUGAGUACACAGCAUACAGAGACCUAGAAGGGAAGCUAAUAUCUGCAGACUCUACUGAUGUUCUAGGUGAGCUUCAGCAAGAAAGAGUUCCAGAAGACAAGGUAAUGAAGUCUGGUGAUUACUUUGUGCUGAAAGAUAACCCAAACAUUCGUCUGAUUGCACGGGCUCACAAAAUGAGCAAAAGUAGGGGAAAUGUCAUCAAUCCCGAUGAUGUUGUUGCUGAAUAUGGUGCAGAUUCUCUUCGCUUAUAUGAAAUGUUUAUGGGACCACUAAGAGAUUCAAAAACAUGGAGUACCAGUGGUAUUGAAGGUGUCCAUCGAUUUCUAGGGAGGACUUGGAGGUUAGUUGUUGGUUCACCUUUGCCUGAUGGAUCAUUCCGAGAUGGAACGGUGGCAACUGAUGAUGAACCUACUUUGGAACAGCUUCGCACUCUCAACAAAUGCAUUGAGAAGGUAACAGAUGAAAUUGAAGGAAUGAGAUUCAACACUGGAAUUUCUGCAAUGAUGGAAUUCAUUAAUGCAGCAUAUAAGUGGGAUAAGCAUCCAAAGUCAAUAAUUGAAGCAUUUGUUUUGUUGCUUUCACCUUAUGCGCCACACAUGGCAGAGGAGCUUUGGUUUCGGCUUGGACACUUGAACUCAUUGGUGUAUGAAGGUUUUCCUGAGGCCAACCCUGAAUACUUGAAGGAAUCAACAAUAGUCCUACCAGUUCAGAUAAAUGGCAAGACAAGGGGUACCAUAAAGGUUGAGGAGGGAUGUUCGGAAGAGGAAGCUUUCAGAUUGGCAUCAUUAGAUGAGAAGCUCUCUAAAUAUUUGGUUGAAAAGACAAUCAAAAAGAGAAUAUAUGUUCCAGGUAGAAUCUUGAAUGUUAUCCUAGACAAGCAAAAUGUUAAGGUAGGGAGCAGGUAACCUUGCCCUUACCUCACUGGUUUUGACUUUUGAGGCGAGCUUGUGUAUUCUUUUCAAGUGUGGAGGAAAUAGAUCAUUGAACAGUGUAUUGGGCCAAAUUAGCAUGUACAGCACACAUCAAUGAAAUUGGGAAAACGAUAUGAAUGAUAUUACUGUUGCGAUGUUGCAGUACAAAAUUCAAUACGGUUUUCAAGCUUUUCACAA